AGUUCUAUUAGAGCAGCGAAUUGGUUCGAGGCUGUUAAUCUACGUAAGCAGGGAAUCUGUAUUUAAUUAAUUAUAAAAGAAGGUGUGGAACCGAACUAACCAAUCCGACCGGUUCGUUUAUUUUCCAACCUCCUUGGAACAUUUCGAUUAUUAGUCUUACGCGUUGAUCUUCACUCAGUGAUCGAAGAACUGUCGAACGUUGAGAUCAUUCGAAUCGUUCGAACAUUUCUCGUUUAUUUUUCUCCUGGAUCGCAACAACUUGUUGUUGUUGAAAUUAUAUUUCGCUUAAACUUUCUUUCACUAUUUUUUCCAAACAAAUAAAUUUUAUUUAAAUAAGAAUAAAUUAGGUACGGCGAUCGAGCGAAAUGUCUGGUCUAAAUUCGCGAGAGCGAUGGGAAGUUCGAGCGUCCCAUAUUGCCAAGCUAACGCACAACCCUAUAAGAUCCAUCGUGGAAAACAUCGUCGUCGAACCAAAUCCUAACAAGAGAAUGAUCGCUUUGUCGAUCGGUGAUCCAACGACGUUUGGAAACUUGAAACCAGCAAAGGAAGUGAUCGAAGCUGUUCAAGAAAGUAUUGCUUCUCAAAUGUACAACGGUUAUGCACCAAGUACAGGUUAUGAAAAAGCAAGAGAAGCCGUAGCCGAGUACGGUUCUUCCGAUUUCGUUAAGGUAGAAGCCAAGGACGUGAUCCUGUGCAGUGGUUGCUCCUGCGCCCUCGAUCUCUGCAUCACUGCGCUAGCACGAGAUGGGCAGAACAUUCUGAUUCCACGUCCCGGUUUUUCCAUUUAUCGAACGUUAGCGGAAGGUCUAGGAAUCGCGGUGAAGACUUACAAUCUAUGCCCGGAACGCAGUUGGGAAAUCGAUCUCGAUGACCUGGAGACGAAGAUCGACGAAUCUACAGCAGCGAUAGUUAUAAACAAUCCUUCGAAUCCAUGCGGUUCUGUGUUCAGCCGCAACCAUAUUCUCGAUAUUCUGAAUAUUGCUGCACGUUACUACGUGCCUAUUAUCGCCGACGAAAUUUACGAACAUAUGGUUUUCCCUGGACGGACUUUUCACUCGUUAGCCUCUCUUUCGAGCGAGGUUCCUAUUUUAUUGUGCAGCGGUCUUGGAAAGAGGUUUCUGGUACCAGGCUGGCGUAUGGGAUGGAUUAUCAUUCACGACAAACAAAACGUUCUCGAGGGAGAGAUUCGCAAGGGUUUGCAAUGUUUGAGUCAACGAAUCAUCGGUAGCAAUACGCUUAUACAGGGUGCCUUACCGGCCAUAUUGCGAAAUACGCCUGAAAAGUUUUACGACGACGUGAUGCGUACCUUGCACACUCACUCGAAACUGUGUUAUAAUUGUAUAGCGAAGAUACCUGGCUUGAAGCCGAUAAUGCCAGACGGUGCGAUGUAUAUGAUGGUUUCUAUAGAUUUAGCCUCCUUUCCCGAGUUUAAUUCUGAUCUUGAAUUUGUACAACGUUUGCUCAUGGAGGAGUCCGUUUUUUGUUUGCCGGGUCAGUGUUUCGACUAUCCUUCUUACAUGAGAUUGGUAAUCACCAUACCCCAAGAUAUGCUCGAAGAAGCGUGUCAGAGAAUUCAAGAGUUUUGCUAUAGGCACCACUGCAAAACGGCGGAGAUCCAUAGGAAGAAUCACUUGAUCGAAAAUUUGAGCGAAACUUUUCUGCUGACCAAUGGAACCAGUGAAAAUCGUGAGGACCUUUGAAAGUUCAUUCAUGGCGUUUGCUAGCGCGAUAUCGUACUUAUCGUAUUAUCCCUUUUCUUCCUUCAAAAUCGGCCGUAGAGAAUCGUACGAAUGAGAAACGAAGAAAGGAUCGUGCAUUUGCGUAUGUCUCAAGCGUCGAAACACAUUUGUAAUAAUUGUCAAUUUUAAAGGCAUUUGCCAAAUAAAAUUAUCGACGAUAAAAACGUUGAACGUACGUUAUGGCCGAAGGGCCAAUUUCUCGAAGGCACUCGUAUUUUGCGAAAGGUUCGAAGAAUUCAAAGAUUUCAGGAAUGACAGGCACUUCGAAAAGCAUCGGCACUCAUUGUCAAGAGUAAAACAGAAUUUCCGAGGCUUAAGGGAAUAAAUGCUAUACAGUAGGGAACGUCUGAAUCCGUAAGUAAAAUCGAUUGUACUUUCGUAUUCCUUUUUUGUAUAAGAGCACGCUCGCUUCCAGAGAAAUUCGCUUUUCGUGUCGUCGUGGUCGAUCGAUUGGACGUUGAAUCUAAUGAAGCGGCGAAGUCAAUGCGAACGUGUGAGUACGACGUUUUUCAAUUACGCUACGUCUCUACUACGUCCGCCGUUUAAAUCGGUUCAAUCGCUUUUCUUCAGCUCCUCCUCGUAAUCGUCAAAUUGUUGUUGAUCUUUCGCGUAUGAUCGAGUCAAAUGGAACUAUCCUAUUAUCAUCGAUCGUUCUACGUAACAUCGGCGUCGAACGUAUUUCCUGAAUAUAAUGAGGCAAAAUAAAGAGAAAUACAAUUUUUA